UUUCUGUGCAGCUUUCAGUCUGAGGAACCUAAAUUGUGUAACACCAGAAACCAGCUUUGUGGGCCGUAAUCCUGCCAAGAAGUGGAGUUAAAAUGGGGAUUUCAUCUGCAGUCAAUGUUUCUGGUGAUGCAGUUUAUGGAGGGCAAAGUGCUUUCAGUCAGCUGGAGCACAACAUCGUGGCCGGAUAUCUGAUCACUGCAGGCAUCAUCAGCUUGGCCAGCAACAUCGUGGUGCUGCUGAUGUUCGUGAAGUUCAGGGAGCUCCGGACUGCCACCAACUUCAUCAUCAUCAACCUGGCCUUUACUGACAUCGGUGUGGCUGGCAUCGGCUAUCCCAUGUCAGCUGCCUCGGACAUCCACGGCAGCUGGAAAUUCGGCUACACCGGCUGUCAGAUCUAUGCAGCUCUCAACAUCUUCUUUGGCAUGGCCAGCAUCGGCCUGCUGACUGUGGUGGCGAUCGAUCGGUACCUCACCAUCUGCAGACCGGACAUAGGUCAGAAGAUGACGGUGAGAUCCUACAACCUCCUCAUCAUGUCCGCCUGGCUCAACGCCAUCUUCUGGUCCUCCAUGCCCAUCGUGGGAUGGGCCGGUUAUGCCCCCGAUCCAACCGGAGCCACGUGCACCAUCAACUGGAGACAGAAUGAUGCGUCCUUCAUCUCCUACACCAUGGCGGUGAUUGCCGUGAACUUUCUGGUUCCACUGGCCGUCAUGUUCUACUGCUACUACAAUGUGUCCAUCACCGUCCGGCAAUACAAGGCCAGCAACGCUCUGGACAGCAUCAACGUGGACUGGUCAGACCAGAUGGAUGUCACCAAGAUGUCCAUCGUAAUGAUCGUCAUGUUCCUGGUUGCCUGGUCUCCGUACUCCAUGGUGUGUUUGUGGGCCUCGUUUAGUGACCCCAAAACCAUCCCUGCCUCCAUGGCCAUCAUUGCUCCCCUCUUCGCCAAGUCCUCCACCUUCUACAACCCUUGCAUUUACGUCAUCGCCAACAAAAAGUUCAGACGAGCUAUCAUCGGGAUGAUUCGGUGUCAGACCAGACAGCGGAUCACCAUCAAUACCCAAGUUGCCAUGACGAUCUCCCAGCAACCUCUGACCCAGUGACACACAGUGUUAAAAUAGUCCGUAUGGAACAUUUUAUCCCAGCAUUAAUCUUCCUGCUGUAGUUUGUCCUGUCGCAGAAGUCAAUGCAGUGUUGUGUUUACUGUGUAAAUCCCAUCUGCUCCACAUUCUAGUCUCUCUGGUCCACUUACUGAAAUAAGAAACCAAUGAAAUUCUGUCUGUGUUUGGACUUGACUCGUACCUUCUGGAAACAGUGUAAGCAGAAGCAGCCCUUCAGAUUAAAAGCAUCCAUCAGAGUUUCCUCCAGAAUCAGUCAUGAAAAAUAGUCUCGAAUUUUUAUCUCUUAGUCUCGAGUUUUUAUUCAGACUAAACUGAGUAAGAAUGGUUUCAGAGCACAGGUGGAGAGUUUGGUUCAUGGUCCAGUCCAAAGCCUCCAUGUGGAUUUGAGGAAUUCCAGAGCCUGUUUAAUGUUUACAGCAGAUUGAACCCGAACCCUAACCCCUAACCCUAGCAGAUUGAAGAAGCAGGAUGCUGACAAACAAGCUCAGCAUGUCCUUCUGCGGUAAAAACAAAC